AUGAGUCACCGGAGGAUUAUGUCACGAAUAUGCUUACAGCGAGUAAAUAUUGGUGGGUUCCGUUCCUUUCACUAUACUUCGCCUCGUCUUUCGACAUUUGUUUCCUCAACAACACCUUACUCUGACAAAUACUACAAACCAAUUAUUACGGAAGGGGCAGCUGGAUUUGACAAAUUAGUGAUUCCCAAAGAUUUCUGUGCUGAUAAUCAGAGCUUGACGACAGAAACCCAAGAGCAGUUGGUGGAAAUAGUCAACACAUUUGAUGCAGAGAUUUCUGCAGCGGUGGGAUAUGGUUCAGGAAUACUUCCUCAAAAUGGGUACGAUAAACCAGACAAAGAAAAGCAAUUGGAUUUCAUCUUUCUAGUUGAUGAGACGACCAAAUUUCAUCAACAAAACACCAAGCAGAAUCCAUCUCACUAUUCUACAAAAUCACAAACAUUGAUUAACUUCUUUCAAGGAAGUGGUAUCUAUUUCAACCCUUAUAUCCUUAUCAAAGACAAGUUGACUAAAUAUGGGGUGACGUCGAAGAAGUCUGCAUUUAUGGACCUAAGCGAAUGGAGCUCGUUAUACUUUGCAGGAAGAAUGCAAAAACCAGUUAAUUACAUCAAAGAGGACGACAUGUUGAAGUUUCUCAAUCAAUAUAAUUUGAAAAAUGCCAUGACUAUUGCCAUAUUCCUCAUACAAUCAAAUCAAUUUACUGAGAGGCAAUUGUACGAACAAAUUACAAGCAUAUCAUAUCUCGGAGACUUUAGAAUGUACAUUGGCGGUGAAAACCCAAACAAGGUGCGAAACAUAGUGUCGAAGCAAUUUCAGUAUUUCAAAAAGUUGUAUGAUCCUAUAUUGCAGUAUUUUAUCAGAAGAAACUAUCUUAUCAUUACCGAUAAUGAUGCAACGAAUCGCACCUUCAAGACUAACCUCACAACGAACACCCGGAUCAAUUUGAUCUCGAGUCUACCAUUGAAAUUUCGUACUCAGCUUUAUAGCAAAUACCCAGAGUCUUCUGUCAAGGAAAUAGCUAGAGACGAAAAACUACCCGAAAACAUAAAGAGUUUGAUUACUUCCACCAUAAUCUAUAGCUCCAUCAUUCAAGGUUUUAAAGGCUUGUUCACAGCAGGGCUAUUGAAAUCAAUGAAAUACUCUUUAGCAAAAAAGAGAAAGAGUGUUUGA